AUGAUAAGAACAAUACGCCCAGUUUCUCGCAGCUUGAUAUCCUUUUCUGCCGACUUUUCAUCAAGAUGCUUUACAGCUUUGCUAAAUCCAGUUCUAUCAGGGCAUAGCAAAUGGUCGUCAAUUAAGCAUUCCAAAGCCAGAAACGAUGCUGCUAGAAACAAGUUGAUAAACAAAUUAACGCAGCAUGUUUAUGUUGCAACCAAACUUGGGGGUAGUGGUGAUCGAACAUUGAAUCUUAGAUUAGCAACUGCCAUCGAGUUGGCUAAUAAAAGCAAUGUUCCAAAAGCUGCUAUUGAAAAUGCAAUUAAAAGAGGAACAGGUCAAGGGAAAGAUGCUGUCAAUUUAGAACAGUACACGUACGAGUUAAUUGGACCCAGUGGAGUUUCACUUGUGAUAGAGUGCUUAAGUGAUAAUAGUAAUAGAGCACUUAGUUAUCUCAAGGACGCGAUAUCUAAAACAAAUACAUCAUUUUCUCCUACAUUAUUCAAUUUCGAAAAGAAGGGAAUUAUUGUGAUAGACAAAGGUGAAGUUGAUGAGGAUGAAGCGUCAGAUUUGAUCAUCGAUAGUGGGUGCGAAGAUUAUCAAAUUCAAGAAAAAGCAAGAGACGAAAAUGACAAAUUGAUUCUUGAUUCAAAUGGAAAACCUAGAAUAUACCAGGUAAUUACAGAAGUUAAAGAAACAAGUGUUGUGGCAAAUGUUCUCAAAGAAAAUUUCAAGAUUCAGAACUUUGGUAUCGAUUACAUUCCUAAACCUGAUUUAAUGGUUUCAAUUACUGAUGCAGAUGCUAAAGAAAAAUACAAUAAGUUGAUAGACGCUCUUGAAUCUCUUGAUCAGGUCACAGAAAUAUACUCUAAUCUCAAAGAAGAAGACGAAGAAGAGUAA